UCUCCGGGGCCACACUGCCUUCGUCCUCCUCCAGUGGAAACGUCCAUUCCUCGGUUCCCCGCCGUUCGCCGGCUCCGCCCUUGGUUAGUCUCUGGAUCAGCGGGCUGCGCGUUCUUAUUCGAAGCCUCUCCUAUAUCAGCUCAUUGUAAGUGCUUUGCGUGCUUCCCCUUCGUCUUUUCGUGACGGUUUUGGGGUUCGGUAGCUCCUGCUCAGUUCCUUCUUAGGAGAAGUCGUCGAAGACUCGUGUUGUGGUGUUAAUCUUUCUGGUUAGGACAAUGUUGCAUCGCAUGUUCUGUUUGGUGGAGCGAUUUGGCAGUAGGUUGGAAUUGGAUGCCCUCGAAACCCUAGGUCGGUUCGGGUUUCGCGUUACUGUGGGAGUUGUGGAUUGAAAAGGUAAUUUUUGAGGCUCGUUCCGGGAGUAGCUCCUUUUCGUGUUCGAGGCUUUUGAUUUCGCUUGAUAGUGUCUUGAAUUUGAUCCUCUAGUGUUGGAGAUUUGGGUAAAUUUCGGUGGACGGUGGUGAGAUUUGUGAAAAGGUUGGAUUUUAGGAUGUCAGGAGCUCCUCAUGUUCGUUCUUUCAAUGUAGCUGACUCUGAAGCAAGGCCGGUCCUUGUGCCUGGCGGUAACAAGGCUAGGUCAUUGACAACUUCUAGGAAACCAGCUUCGAAGCCUUUGAAUAAAACUGACAGCACCGAAACUACAGCAAUUGAUGAGCCGAAGAAGGCUCCCAGUCCCGCAGAAGAUACGGCACAUUCUGGGUCUUGUUUCAGUGCUCCGUCUGUUCUGAGGAGGCACGAGAUGCUGUUGCAGUCAAAUCUGUCACUGAAUGCUUCCUGUUCCUCUGAUGCAUCCACAGAUUCGUUUUGCAGCCAAGCCUCCACAGGAAGGGUUAGUAGGGUGAACUCGACAAGUAAGAGGAGGCAGAGCUCUGCGAGGAUAGGCAAAGUUGCAACCAAGUUGAACAACAAUUUCUCAGAUGAUGCCAGCAUUCCCUCGGUUGAACUUGUGCAAGGAAAGAGAAAAUGCGCUUGGGUCACAUCUAAUACAGACCCAUGUUAUGCUUCUUUCCAUGAUGAAGAAUGGGGAGUUCCAGUCCAUGAUGAUAAGAAAUUAUUUGAACUUCUUGUUCUAUCUGGUGCAUUAGCUGAGCUUACAUGGCCUGUUAUCCUCACCAAAAGGCAGAUAUUUAGGGAAGUUUUUCUGAACUUUGAUCCUGCUGCAGUCGCCAAAUUGAAUGAGAAGAAAUUUAUAGUGCCUGGAAAUAUUGCUAGCUCACUUUUGUCGGAGCCCAAGCUGAGAGCUACCAUUGAGAAUGCUCGCCAGAUACUCAAGAUAAUAAAUGAGUUUGGAUCAUUCGAUAGAUACUGUUGGAGCUUUGUGAACCACAAACCCAUCGUCAACAAAUUUCGCUACCAGCGACACGUUCCUGUCAAGACUUCUAAAGCAGAUGUGAUCAGCAAAGAUCUGGUUAGAAGGGGCUUGCGAAGUGUGAGCCCAACCGUCAUAUACUCCUUCAUGCAGGCUGCGGGUUUGACAAACGACCAUGUCGUCAGCUGUUUCCGCUUCGAGGAAUGCAUAGCAGCUGCGUUGUCGAGCAUUGAUAAAACUCAGGAGGGUACAAUAAAGAUAAGCAGCAAGGUGGAAGAGAAGACUAGUGACAGUGUGGCAAUGAUGGGAGAAAUAGAUUUAGAGUUAUCGAUAGGUAUGGAUGAACUGAGCAUUUGUUAGAUAUUUGAAAGGAGGUCGCUACUCUGAUUCAAUGUACACCAUUCAUACUACUGCUUUCGUUUGGUGAUUUUGUAAAUAAAGUUCUAGGUCAUGUUUGUUUCGA